CUACAGCCUCAAGGAAAACACGUCUUGCCAGCUUCCCCAACUAUCGCGAGAUCGCCUGUGGCGAAGCGGGACCCUCAGCGGACUUUUGCGCAUGCGCCGGACCAAUCAUUUUCUGCGCGCCAAGAUUUCAAACCUUUCUUCCCGGAAAUAGGGCGCCAAAUUUGGCCCUCGGGAAAGGUCCGUCACGUUGGUCCGAUGGAGCCCAGCACACACGACACACGCUUCGAGAUGUUGCAGUCAGAGCUCCACGAGCUUGUUUGGUUGUCCCUUCUUUCCGUUUUUAUAUUGGCCGUGAAUUCUGUGGGAGGAGGUUUCAGCGAAUCUGGGAGUAGAGGAGUGAGGCGGGAGAGCGGAGCAAGAUUUUAAAAUAGGAAUGAUGACUUUAACGUGUUUGGCAAAAUAACUGGAAGCGUUAUGAAAGGCUAAGCCUGAGGGACCAAAGGAUUUUAUGUUUUAAUUGGUGACCACGAGAGGAUGGAGUGUGAAGGAUACAUAGGACACCUGCGCAAGCAUUGGAUUUAGCCCUGAGACAUCUUAAAGGAAGCCGGCCGUGAGCCAAGGGGAAGGCAGAGGACAGAAAUGACCGUGUUCCCAAGCUUCCCUGGUGGCUUAUGGCAUUCUGCAAACUCCCAUGCAAGGGCUGCUCCUGACCAAGAAGACCCGAGGAGACCGGCUCUGAGAUCAAGCCCAGAUGAAGAACUAAGAGAAAAAAAGUGAAUAUGGUUUUUGCGCACAGAAUGGAUAGCAGCAAGCCAUCUUUGGUUAUUCCUACACUCCUGGUGCCCCUCCAAAACCACAGCUGCACCGAAACAGCCACACCUCUGGCGAGCCACGACCUGACGGAAUUAUCUGAGGAGCGCAGCUGGCUGAGCAACGGGACGGGCCUUCAGUACAGACUGAAACCUGGGGAGGUGGCCACGGCUGGCAUUUUCUUUGGGACCCUGUGGUUGUUUUCCAUCUUGGGCAAUUCCCUGGUCUGUCUGGUCAUCCACAGGAGCAGGAGGACUCAGUCCACCACCAACUACUUCGUGGUCUCCAUGGCGUGCGCCGACCUCCUCGUCAGCAUCGUCAGCACGCCUUUCGUCCUGCUCCAGUUCACCACCGGCAGAUGGACCCUGGGAAGCGCACUGUGCAAGGUUGUGCGCUAUUUUCAGUACCUCACUCCCGGCGUCCAGAUCUACGUCCUCCUCUCCAUCUGCAUAGACCGCUUCUACACCAUCGUCUAUCCUCUGAGCUUCAAGGUGUCCAGAGAGAAAGCCAAGAAAAUGAUCGCAGCGUCCUGGAUCUUCGACGCGGCCUUUGUGACCCCCGUGUUCUUUUUCUACGGCUCCACCUGGGACAGUCAUUGUAACUACUUCCUCCCUUCCUCCUGGGAAGGGACUGCCUAUACCAUCGUCCACUUCUUGGUGGGCUUUGUGAUUCCAUCUGUCCUCAUAAUCUUAUUUUACCAGAAGGUCAUAAAGUAUAUUUGGAGAAUAGGCACUGACGGCCGAACAGUGAGGAGGACAAUGAACAUUGUCCCAAGGACAAAAGUGAAAACGAUCAAGAUGUUCCUCAUUUUGAAUCUAUUGUUUUUGCUCUCCUGGCUGCCUUUCCACGUAGCUCAGCUGUGGCAUCCCCAUGAGCAGGACUAUAAGAAAAGCUCCCUUGUUUUCACAGCUGUCACGUGGAUAUCCUUUAGUUCUUCAGCCUCUAAACCUACUCUGUAUUCCAUUUAUAAUGCCAAUUUUAGGAGGGGGAUGAAAGAGACUUUCUGCAUGUCUUCGAUGAAGUGUUAUCGAAGCAACGCCUAUACUAUCACAACCAGUUCAAGGAUGGCCAAAAAGAACUAUGUUGGCAUUUCAGAAAUCCCUCCUGUUGCCAAAACUAUAACCAAAGACUCAAUCUAUGAUUCAUUUGACAGAGAAGCCAAGGAAAAAAAACUUGCUUGGCCUAUUAACUCAAAUCCACCAAAUACUUUUGUCUAAUUUCUCAGAUUUCUUUCACUUAUUGUUAUGUGCCAGAGAUAAAAAAGCUUUAAGUACAAAAACAGAUGCUGCUUACAUAUUUUUUUUCA